CUUGCCCUGUCUCAACCUCACACCUUCAUGUCUUCCUGUCCCCUUUCAGUCCCUUCCAUUACCCUGCAAUGUACUAUAACGCUCAUGUACAUGGCUGCAACAUGCUGAUGGGUAGGUUACAGGAAUGGCCUGUGGCUCAAGGACUUUUAUCAUCUGACUCUCCAGGGAUCUGCUGAUGUUUGUGCGCCACUUUGCUCACCUUCCUCUCAGCAGUGGGAGAAGUUUUACUAGGAGAACCCCUGUCUGACUGUCUUUUCAAUGGCAUUAAAGAAGAUCACUUAUGAGAGAGCCAGGGGCUGGAUGAAUGGAGGGAGUGAGGAGGAGAGAGAGAGAGAAGUUCAUGAAGAGCAAUCUUCUCUGAGGUGUCUUCUCCAGUUUGUCUACAUCCCCUGCUGACCAGGUGCCAGAUGAAGGUAGUGUGCCAAGCAUGGCCUGACCAGCUCCGCAGAGAAAGGAAUCAACCCCUCCCUGCUUUAGAAAGGACUGCACUCUUAACCCCUGGAGAUUGUCCUUGGAUUUCAAGAAGGUGCCAGCACGUUCCUGAUACGAGACUGUCCUGAGGAGUGCUAGUGAGAAUAAAGAAAGAGCACCUCGGAUGAGGAGCCUCAGUGAAAGAGGAGAUAGUGGCUUCAUCACAAUCAUUUCUCCUGUGUUACUCUUUACUAGUGUCGGCAUUAUUGGAUCCCACUGGCCUGACACAGACAACAUGCAAUGUUGUUGGAAUGUGGAAACUGCCUUCCGCGAUACCUCUCCUAGGAGGGCUACAGAAGGAAGAGUCCUCAGAGAUCCCAUGAAGAACCUUAUCCCUCCACUUUGGAUGCUGAGCCACUUCUACUGCUCUCUUACACCUGUUCUCUACAUCAUGUAAGGAAGAGUUGCUGUAAACACGAUACUGAUCUCUGCUGCAGUAUUACCAGAGACAAGUAGGAACCCAUCGUUUACCUCCAAGACCUGUGAACUGGGAUCCUGGCUGAAUGUAAAAGUCCAUGUGGAGGUUCCCAUGCACAGAGCUUCACAAAAACAUCUGACCCCAAUUCCAGGUGUGGAGUUUUGUAUCUUAUCAAGAUGGGGACAAGUGGGGUUUCAUUGAAAAGCAUCUAGGGAACAAAGGCACAUGGAGAAAUACCAGGAGUAUCAAGUCUUGGCUUUGCUGGGGGAUCCUCUGGCCUGGAAGACAGAUGAGCUCAACUAAGGUUGGAACAGCACAACAGGUUGAAGCCUGAACUGUAGCUCAACAGAAAGGUGUCCCCAAGGAAGGGAGGAGGCGGGCAGCAGCGAUGAGGCAGGCGAACGGGAGUUUGACACCUAAUGUCCGGGAGGCGUGAAUAAAAGGCCCCAGGCUAGCAGGCGGGGCUGCGGGUGCAGGACCAGGAAGCGACAGCGCUCCGGAAAGCCAGGUAGCAGCAGCAGCAGGAGGAGGAGGAACAGGAGCCCCCUGCACAGGAGGAAGGACGCAGCUGAAGCGCUCUGGGAUCCUCAGGAUGGCUCUGAGUGGCUCCUCCGACCCCCUGCUGCAGCGGGAGGAGGGUGGCAGUGGCAGCGGCAGCAGGGAGACCCCCUUCCUGUUGAAGGCUCUCCAGAUCGCCUUGGUAGUCUCUCUCUACUGGUUCAUCUCCAUCACCAUGGUCUUCCUCAACAAGUACCUCCUGGACAGCCCCUCGCUGCGCCUCGACACCCCGCUCUUUGUCACCUUCUAUCAGUGUGCUGUCACCGUCUUCUUCUGCAAGGCCCUCAGCCUGCUGGCCUCCUGCUGCCCACUGGGCUACCUGGACUUCCCCUCCAUCCGCAUGGACCUCAAGGUGUCCCGCAGCAUCCUGCCCCUCUCUGUGGUCUUCAUCAGCAUGAUCACCUUCAACAACCUGUGCCUCAAAUACGUUGGCGUGGCCUUCUACAAUGUGGGGCGCUCGCUCACCACUGUCUUCAAUGUCCUGCUCUCCUACCUGCUCCUCAAGCAAACCACUUCCCUGUAUGCCCUGAUAGCCUGUGGGGUCAUUAUAGGUGGAUUCUGGCUGGGCAUAGACCAAGAGGGAGCAGAGGGCACUCUGUCAUGGGCUGGCAUAAUCUUUGGGAUCCUGGCAAGUCUCUGUGUCUCACUCAAUGCCAUCUACACCAAGAAAGUGCUGCCUGCCGUGGAUGGCAGCAUCUGGCGCCUGACCUUCUACAACAAUAUGAAUGCCUGUGUCCUAUUCUUGCCCCUUAUGCUGCUGCUCGGUGAGUUCCACACCCUCUACCAUUUCGACAAGCUGGGGAACCCUGGUUUCUGGGGCAUGAUGACCCUGGGAGGAGUGCUUGGCUUUGCAAUCGGUUAUGUGACGGGACUCCAGAUCAAGUUCACCAGCCCACUCACCCACAAUGUGUCUGGGACGGCCAAGGCCUGUGCCCAGACAGUGCUGGCUGUCUGCUACUACGAGGAGACCAAAAGCUUCCUAUGGUGGACGAGCAACAUGAUGGUUCUAGGAGGCUCCUUUGCCUACACAUGGGUAAAAGGGCUGGAGAUGAAGAAGGCACAGGAGGAAUCCACUCCAAAAACAGGCGAGAAAAAUGAGACUGGCGUCUAGGCUAGCUCCUGUCUGCACUUCUGCUGCUGCGCCUAUGGAGUGGAGCUUCAAUGGGAAAGAAGCCAGGAUCAGGAACCUUCAGGGCAGGAAAACAUUGAAUUAUGCAAUGCAUAGAAAGGGGUGUCGAAAGUGAAGCCAAAGGCGUCCCGUGUAUACAGUGUGUUUACUAAAAUUGUGAUGGAGGGGAGGAGAAUAUUACUUCCUUUGGAUUUCACCGUUUCUUGAAUAGGAGAGGGCAUUUGUUGAUGGAACGAGGGUGUAUUAGGGGGACCUUCUGUCAGUACUGGGGCUUUUUUAAACUGCUGCUACCAUUUAAAUACUGUAUGGACACCCAACUGCUCCCCUGGUGAUGGAGCGGGAAAAGGGCAUGAGGUGUGUGUGUCUGGGGACAGAUAAUGGCUACUUCUAGAUUAGCCACAAAUUUAAGUGGUAAGAUCUUGCACCUAAAUGUAGGGGAGGAGCAGGUAGCCAGACUUUCCAGGCUACUCCUUCCUCCUAUUAUAAGUAAGGUUAAGAUUUUGUCACAGUUAUUUUUAGUAAAAGUCACAGACAGGUUGUGGGCAGUAAACACGAAUUUACGGAAACCCAUGACCUGUCUGACUUUUACUAAAAAUAAUGGGAGGGCAGAGAAGGCUGACAGGGGAUGACUGAAGCCUGGGUAAAGGGGGGGGAGAAUGAGAGCCAGAGCACUGCUGCACGUGGGGGGUGGGGGGUGUACAGCACCCCCCACCUGGGGGCUGUGUCCCUCCCACAGCAGCUGAGGGCUGCGGGGGAGAGUGGGAACAGCAGCUGAUAGCUCUGGCCCCACCACCCCGGGCUGAGGCAGAAAAUGUCAUAGAGGUCUCUGGAAGUCACUGAAUCUGUGACUUCUGUGACCUCUGUGACAUAAUCUAGCCUUAAUUAUAAAUGAAAAUGGAUGUUCUUCCUGUUCCUACCCCAUUGCAAUAUACACUUGGAAAUCCCCUCACCAACAAUUCUGGGGCCUCUAAAUUGCCUGUCCAAGGAGUCAGUAUUUCUUGGCGUGGAUCCUUCAAGGUUGUAUGUUAACUCUGUUUUACUCCCACACCCAAGGGUUUGCUUGUCCAAUAAAUGACUAAAAGGAUGGGACAGAAUUUUUAUCCCACUUCCAAAAGCUAGCAACAUUCCUUGUGUUGGGCAGGGGGAUGGUGAUGGCCCUUUCACAUAUUGCUGGUUCCUUCCUUUACUGGGUACCUGGGACUCUGCCUUGGUGAAAGAGUAGCUGGCUCUCUCUUUUUAUGGCUUUUUGAACCAUCUGCUGUUCUGGGGUGAGUACCCCGUAAUAAUGAAUUGGGGAAUUCAAGACAUUUCUCAUUAGCCUUCUGUAUUAGGGGUAGAGUUGCCUUUCUGGCAAUAAUGCUCUCAUAAUUAGGCAAGUUUCAGGGUGAAUUUCUCUCUGCCCCAGAUGGUUGCCUUACUCAGUGAUCCUCACUAGAAGGGGUGCCCACUGCAUGAAAAUUGACACUUGAGCAUGGAAAAUGCCAUAAUUCAGCUGCAUCAAGAACUUACUGGGAAGUUGCAACUCUUUUACUAAGAAAUCCCAGAUCAGGGAUGAAUGCAGUUGAGCUGAAUUCAUAUCCAGGCUCCCACUUAAGAGUCUGAUUAGCACAGAAACCUCUGUGCCCUACCGUCUCAUUCAAGUGCCAUUGUGGCUACAGAAGAGCUACCUUCUUCUCAUCUUGAUUCACAGACAUUGAUUCUUCCUCCCUAGUAAAUAUCUAACCUCUGAGCUCCUUCACCUUCCAAGGAUUCCUAAAGUGGGGUAUGGUGGGAGCUGGUGUGAUCUAUCCCACAGUGCACUAACAAGUCCCAAAGAGUACCAGGCCACUAUUAUGAAAGCAGUAGGACAUUUUUUUCUCUCUCUUUCUUCCACUCCCACUCUUGCUGGGUGAAUUGUUCCUGAUUCCAAUUCACUUCACUGGAGUUCUGAAUCACAUUUGCCUCAUUGAAGGCCACUUUUUUUGGUAGGAGGAUGGAUUUUUUCCCAUGGUCUCUGUUAUUUUUUCUACUGGGAUAAAUUUUAGGUUGCAAACACCGACCUGUGAUUGUCAAACUUGUUUAAUAAAAGUGUGGAUUGGAACCUUGGGGACUGUUUUGGUCUGCAGAGCUGGCAAAGUGUGCAAGAUAAUAGUGGUUUCUGCAGUGCUCCUAGCACACAGGGAGACCCUAAAUUCCUUCUACUUGCUUCAGCAUGGUAGCAGUCCUGGCCUUUCACUAUUGCCUGUCAUUGAACCUGACACUGAAUUGUCAUUGUAGCCUCUCCCCUCAGACUUGUUGGCCUGUAAUCACUUUCUGAGAGCCAUAGUUUCAUGUUUGUUAAAUGAUGUGGUCUGGAAUGUCUGAGAUUUUCAACACUGAGCUCAGAUGUGGCUGCAUGAAGGACAUUACCCUUCUCCCUCCAUGCAUAUUCGCUGCUGUGUGUAUGGAUAGGACUCACUCCUGUGUUUUGCUGGACUGAAGGAAUUGUUCUGGUAGUUUAUAGUCUCAAUUAACCAGCACCAUGUCACCAAACAGAUUCUGGGUGCUCCCUGAGUGCCUCAGAUAACAGCGGUUGUGCAGUCACUGAGCUGAUAUUCUGUCCUCCUUAAGAGUGCUGCAGUGGGAAUCCUCCAUCAUCUGCAUCCUCCGUACUUGCCCUCUAUGCAUCAUUGGAUCAAUUUCCUUGUGAUUCAUAGGACAGUGGUUUUCAACCUGUAGUCUUAUGCCUAAGAUUUCCAAAGGGGUCUGCACCUGCGUUUGAAAUGUUUUUAGGGGGUCUGCAAAUAAAAAAAGGUUGAAAAUCACUGUGCUAGGAGAAGGAUUUCUCAGCCUGAUUAACCCUUUUGGCUCUAGGCAGCUGUGUGUCUCAUCGGGAUUUCCCAGAAGUCAUGGGUGCAGCUAUACGUUAUUAGCGCCGCUCACAGAGAUCAUCGAGGAGGAUGGGAGGCAAAUCAGAUAGUGUUGCCAACUCUCGUGAUUUUAAGAUCAGACUUGUGAGAGUCUUUUUCUCAAAGCCCCUGACCCUGAAGUCACGUGAACAGGGUUGAAUCGUAUCUUAAAAAAAUA